AACCAUUUUCCUUCUCAUUGCUUUCCUACUACUCUAAGCUCUCCAUUUCUUCUACGUACCUAGUGCAAUUUCAGUUUUUCUCUAUCAAUCCCCAUAUGGCCGCUGUUGAGGUUCAAUCGGCACAGACAGCUUUCGCUGCGGAGAACACAACUCAUCAGCAUGAGGAAACAGUUAAGGAUCAAGAGACUAUCACUGCUGCUACUACUGAAGAAGUAGUGACAGUAACAGAACCAGCUGACGUAGUACCGGAGCCUGUGAAGGCGGAGGAGGAACCAAAGGAGGCGGAGCCAGCAGCUGCGGCUUCAGAAGCUGAAACCCCAGUUGAAGUUGAGACAAAGGAGGUGGAUCAAGAGGAAGUUGUGGCCUCAGAAGAAGCACCAGUUGAUGAGAAGACUACUGAAGAGGAGACUAGUCCUGUUGAAACUGAUAAGGUAGAGCAGGAGCCAGUCAUAGUUGUGGAGGAGACCAAAGAGAACAGUGCCGGUGAUGAUGUUGAGACUCCUCCGGUGGUGCCAGCACUGGAAGCAGAAGCAGAACAGGAAUCGGCAGCUGAGGAGCCCAAGGAAGAGGUCGCAGUAGUCAAGGAAGAAGAGAAGCCUGCAACUGUUGAGGAAGAGAAGCCAGCUGCUGCUGAGGAGGAGAAAGUUGAUACUGAAGUCCCUGUAGAGAAAGCUGAGUAAUGAAUGUGAUGGAUCACAGUGGUGUUGUGUUUACUGUCUGAGUGCGUAAUAAAGAGUAACUAGCUGGUUAAAAAAAACGGGGGGUAUGGAACGACCCGUGUAUGCCUAGCUUUGCUAAGAUGUAUGCGGUUUGGUUUGGGUUCCAAGUUAAUGCAUGUAUGUUUCAUAGAAG